GCGGCUCCGGCCCUGGACGCCGCUGCCGCUCAGUCCCGCUGACCGACGCAUCCGGCACCGCACGCACUCACGGCUCCACAACUCUCAGAGAUGACUGAAUGGUGUCACAAGGAAACUCUUUGUGGAUGUUUACCCAGGAUGCUUUGCAUGUGAGGUGCUGAUAUUUGCUGAAGAUGAGUAGUGGAGGGGGUAACACCCCAGAGCCCCCCAGAGGGGGGGAGUCUCUGAAGAGGAAGGACUGUCAGUCAGACCUCCUCGGGCCCAGCCCAAAGAGGAGCACCGAGAAAAGAAACCGUGAGCAGGAGAACAAGUACAUCGAGGAGCUGGCCGAGCUGAUCUUCGCUAACAUCAACGACAUGGACGACCUCAACGUCAAGCCGGACAAAUGUGCCAUUCUCAAGGAGACGGUGAAGCAGAUCAGACAGAUCAAGGAGCAAGAAAAAGCUCCAGUUGCCGAUGCUGAGGAGGUGCAGAAGGCCGAUGUCUCGUCCACGGGGCCGGGCGUCAUUGACAAAGACACCCUGGGGCCCAUGAUGCUGGAGGCCUUGGACGGCUUCUUCUUUGUGGUCAACAUGGAGGGCAACAUCGUGUUUGUCUCUGAGAAUGUCAGCCAGUAUUUGCACUACCAGCAGGAGGAGCUGAUGAACACCAGCGUCUACAGCAUCCUGCAUGUUGGAGAUCACUCCGAGUUAGUCAAGAACCUGCUGCCCAAGAGCCUGGUCAAUCAUCGCAGCAGCGAUUCCUCCAGCAGGAACAGCCACACCUUCAACUGCCGUAUGCUGGUCAACCCUCGAGCCGACGGGGAAGCCCGACCGGCAUCUGACCAGCCGGACGCUUCGCAGCAGAAGUACGAGACCAUGCAGUGUUUCGCCGUCUCCGAACCAAAGUCGAUCAAGGAAGAAGGCGAAGAUUUCCAGUCAUGUCUUAUCUGUGUGGCAAGAAGAGUCCCAGUCAAGGAGAGACCUGUGAUGCCAUCUUACGAGAGCUUCACCACGAGACAGGACCUUCAAGGAAAGAUCACAUCUCUGGACACGAGUCUUCUCCGUGCGUCCAUGAAGCCGGGCUGGGAGGACCUGGUCCGCAGAUGCAUUCAGAGGUUCCACCUGCAGAACGACGGGGAGAUGUCGUUCGCCAAGAAACACCAGCAAGAGGUGCUGAGAAACGGUCACGCCCUCAGCCCCCUGUACAGAUUCUCCCUGGCAGACGGGACCAUCGUCUCGGCUCACACCAAGAGCAAGCUGGUCAGAUCUAAUGCCACCAACGAACCACAGCUCUACAUGUCGCUGCACAUCCUGCAGAGGGAGAACAUGGGCGGCAUAACCCCAGACACAUCAGGCAGCCAAGGCAUGUCCAAACCAAUGACCCCGACCAGCAUGAGUGGCCCCUCCCCUUCCCCUGAUGCCAGUGUCACCAGCAACUCCCACCACUCCGCCACGGCCGCACAGGGACGAGCUUUCGGGUCUGUGUCGAGCCGGUCAUCCACGCCUCAGGGAAACAGCCACUCACUCAAACUUGGCAGCCCUUCAGCCCAGGGAAGCCCCAGCGUCACCUCGGGGGCCCAGGGUGCCAUGUUGUCCCCCCAUCAUCGCCAGAGCCCUAGCAUGGCGGCGAGCAGCAGCAACUGCAGCAGCCCCCACCUCCCCCAACAUCCAGCCGGCUCUUUCUCUCCUGCAGCCGGCCUCCCCUCACCAGCAUCCGUCUGCAGCAGCACGGGAACCAGCCAGGGGUUCAACUCUCUCAGUGCACUGCAGGCCCUCAGCCAGGGCCAAAGGGUUUCCCAGGCACACAGCGAGGGGCAGCAUGCAGAGUCACCUGACGGGAAGUCAGUUGGCCUCCAGAGCCCCAGCACUGGGAGCCAACUAGCCAAGAACAACCUGGAGGCUGACUUCUUUGGAGCGUUUGGGGAGCCCCAGGAUUUGUCACCCCAGAACCAGGAGGGCGAGGGGAAAGACGGCGACCCUGACAGCUUUGGCAGCACUGGAAGCUUAGAGGAGCUUGGUGAUGUCUCAAAUCGUCUUCUCAACACGAAAGGGCACACUAAACUUCUCCAGCUCCUCACCACCAAGUUAGAGCCGUCUGAUCCCGGCUCGCCACCGCCUCUGGGGGAUGAUCAGAACUGCAAGGACCAGCUAGCUGGGUUGGGCGCCAUGGGUGGUGCUGGACAUAACAACCACUCCACCUCGUUAAAGGAGAAACACAAGAUUCUCCACAGACUACUGCAGAACAGCACCUCACCUGUGGAAUUAGCCAAGCUGACUGCUGAAGCUACUGGAAAAGACCCCAUCGGUCCGGAGUCCGCUUCGGGCGACAACAUGGCCACCCUGGGAGAACUGUGCGCCAAACAGGAGCCUGGGAGCCCCAAAAAGAAGGACAAUGCUUUGCUUCGAUAUCUGUUGGAUCGGGAUGAUAACGGCAUCCUAGAUAAAGCGAUCAAAAUGGAGCCCAGCGACGGACCGAAGCUGUCCAACAUCAAGACGGAGAAGCAAGAGGGAGGGUUCAACAUGGCGGACCAGACCAGUGAGUUGGAAGACCUUUUGGAGGACCUGCAGAGCGGCAGCCAGCAGCAGCAGCUGUACAGUGGGCAGCCAGCAGUCAGACGACCAGCUUCCUCCUCUUCAUCCUCCUCUUCCUCUGUUCAGCCUGGUUCCUCUGUGGACAAACAGACCAUCAUCAGCAACAUCCUGCAGAUGACAGAAAGCAGCGGUGGCAGUGGCAGCAGCCCACCCAACCCGCAGAGAGUGUUCCCGCCUCUCGGCUCUGCAACGGGCUUUAACGGUGCCAGGCCAGGUCAGCCGGGGCGAGGUGCUCCUCCUGUCAGGAGCACGUCUCUGGAUGGUAGUAUGGGCCCCAACCCCAAUGCCAGCAGGCCGUUCCCUCCUCAGCACAGAAACACAACCCCCUACUCCUUACUGCAGCAGCAGCAACAGCAAGGCAUGAUGGGAACACAUGUAGGCAUGGCCAACCAGGCAGGGAUGGCCAAUCCAGGCAUGAUGAAUAACGGGUCGAUGCGUGGUCCGAUGCAGCAGGGUUGGGGUCCUCAGGGGCCCUUAGGGGGUAACCCAGGAGCAAUGAUGGGCCAGGGGGUCGGACCGGGUCGUAUGAUCCCCAACAUGAACACUGCUAUGCCCAGGGGCCCUCCUGGGUCCAGAGCCAUGGUCAGCAUGCAGAUGAUGGGCAACGAGAUGGAGAUGGCAACCCCCCCCUACCCUCAGCAACAAGCUCCUCCCAAUCAGACUGCACCAUGGCCGGACCGGAUGAUGUCUAUGGAUCACUAUGGAAACCAAAGCAGGCCACCGUACGGUGUCCCCCAGGGGGACGGGAUGGGGUGCUGCAGCACAGGUCCUGAGGGUCAGCCUGAUGAGGGAGCCCUGCUGAACCAGCUGUGCUCGGUGCUGAAGGACUUUGAGGGUCUGGAGGAGAUCGACAAGAUGCUGGGAAUCCCAACGCUGGCUGGACAGGGUCCUAUGUCAGACCAGGACCAGUUCCUUGGCUCCUCAGACCCAUCAGCGUCCAUGAAGCCUCUCCUGUACAAUCAGCAACACUACAGCGGUCAGUCUGGUUACGGCGGCAUGCCCCCUGAUGGUGGCUUCCACGGCCCCUCUAUGAGCGGCCACAUGGGGCCUCAGAGGAUGCCGCCAGCUGGUUACCCCCCAAUGAUGAGAAUGCCAGGAAGCGUGGGGCCCAGAACAGCUGGGAUGAGACCAGGGGGGCCCAAUCCAGGAGUACUGCCACAGCCCAACAACCUGCGGCUCCAGCUGCAGCACAGACUCCAGGCACAGCUGAACCGUCAGCCAAUGGUGAACCAGAUGGGCGGAGUGUCUAACAUGAAUCUACCUCUCAGGUCUAAUGUACCAAACCAGGGAACCCUCAACGCUCAGAUGCUGGCUCAGCGCCAGCGCGAGUACCUCAGCAACCACCUACGCCAACGCCAACAGCAGCAACAACACGUGCACCAGCAGCGUGCCAUGAUGAUGCGGACUCAGGGCAUCAACAUGCCACCUAGCAUGCCCAGCGGGGGCGCCGCUCCGACUCCGAUGUCUAUGGGUGGCCCCAACCCUCGGCUCCCGCAGGGGGCCCCGCAGCAGUUCCCCUACCCGGCCUCCAGCUACGGUACCGGCCUGCCCUCUCCUCCUCCUCAUCCCAGCUCCACCAGCCCCUUCUCCUCCCCUCUCUCCCCCAGCCAUCACCUGGCUAGCCAGGGCAUGAUGGGAAAUGUAAGCGGGCAGUACAGCGGAGUUAUGAGUCCGCCAACACAGCACAGUGCCUACCAGUUCAGCGGCUCAGGAAUGAGCCAGCAGCAACAGCACCAGGAUCCAGUUUCAGGCUUUCCAUGUGGAGCUGCGACCCCUCAGAGCCCCAUGCUGUCCCCUCGUAUGGGACAGGGUCAAAGCCCCAUGCUGCAGCACAACCAGGGCCAACCCCAAACCCAGGGUCCCAACCAGGGAGGAGCUCCAGGCUAUCAGCCCAGCGGCGACCUCAACGGAUGGCCCCAACAGGGCAACAUCUCCACCAGCAACAGUGUGUACCCUCAGCAGUCCCAGUCCCAGUACGCAGCACAGCUUAAUGGAGGAAUGUACAGCAGCAACAGCAACAUGAACCUGGGGGUCAUGGCCAGCAACGGGGGCAGCAUGAACCAGAUGUCAGCACAGAUGAGCUCCAUGGCCUCCAUGAAUACAGAUCAGGUGUGUGACAGCAUCCUGGGGCAGCUCGCGGAAAUUGACAUGUUGACACAAGACAAUGAAGCUAAUUCUAAUUUCUGUUGACCUCAGCGGCUGUCAUCGAAGGCAACGCAGGAGCUCACGUAAAAACUCUCAAACCUGCUCAGCUAUCGGAGAAGCUUUGAGCGGUGGAGGACUCAUGAAGGAAGCACUCGUUUCUCCGUCACACCAGCCGACGUAGAGGCACUACGACCAGAGGACACACAAAAACAUGUCAGAGUAAAAGUGAACUUUGAAGGUUUGAAACUAAAGAUGUCAGUUUGAGACUGGAGAGCUGAAUGGUUGGCGAGAAUGAAUGAAAACUCUGGAUUUUAUCUUUAAUGGUUCUUUUUUUAGAGCCGGACUGAAAACAUCACAUGACAAAAAAAAAGGUUUAUGAGAAAUAUUUUACAAUUAUUUAUAGUUUUGAAGAAGUUUUAGAGAUUAUUUGUAUGACAUAUAAGAAAUCACGGAUAUCUUUCUUUAAGAGAAUCUCCCAAAAUGGUACGUUUUGAUGUCAAUUUUCAGAUUAAUAUAUUUGAACUGCUGUAGUUACAGGGGAGCUGUGUCCCCGUCUAACGACUCUUUGAAUGAAGGUGAAUGUGUAUAGAUAGUGUAAAUACAAAGAUUUAUUUUACCUGCUUUUCUCCUCAGUGGGAUUGUGAAGCAGCAGAGUGGAGCUUAAGUCCUACAAACAUUUCUCAAUAAGCUGAGCUUUUAUUGGUAAAACUUCACAUCAGUGGGCGGAGCAAAAGAACUUAGAAGGCUAUGAGAAAAAAAAGGUGCUCUGGUUGAAACCACGGACUGUAUAAAACAUGGACGUAGUCUCAGUGAUGUCUUCUGUUGGUUUUAGAAAGUCACAUUUUGAAAGGCCUCUUAAUCAAGCUAGCAAACUUAGUUUAAGUCGCUUAAAGCAGUGUUUCCCAGCCUUUUUUCCCUGGCAUCCCCCCUUCCUGUACCUAAGAAAAGCAGAGCCCACCCAGGACACAAGAGAGAAGAAAAGGUGCUGUCAAAAUCAACGUAGAUUUUAAUUGUUUCACUGAUAAAACCCUAAAAAAGCCCUUUCUUAUCAUAAAAACCCCUUUGCAUACACAACGUAAUCACUGCUUUAUCAUGGUUUUAAUCAAAAUUAGCAAAUCUUAUUUUUGGCAGCCUCAGAGGGACAGAGCCUCUUUGGCGCCCCCCUGGGGGGGUCCUGGACCCCAGGUUGGGAACCAGUGGCUUAAACCAGGGGUGUCAAACUUAGUCACAGCAGGGCCUGGAUUCUGAACUUGUGUCUAAACUGAGGGCCUAACAGGGUUGAUAAUUGACCAUAAAAUGUCAACCUUAUUUUCACCAGAAAUGAAUGAUGGGGGUAAAAAAUUUGUCACUGACGAUACAGUUUUGCAAUUAAAGUUAUGUCAAAAACUCAAAAUCUGAGAUAAAAAGUCAAACUUAGAAGUUUAAAAGGUAAAAACAUGACAUUAAAAGUCAAAACAAUGUUUUAAAAAGGCAAAAUAUGAGAUAAAAUUAAAAACCAUAAUUUCUAACAGUCAAAAUUUGAGGUAAACAUCAAAAGCAUGAGUUUCAAAUGUCAAAAUAUGAAAUAAAAUUAAAAAUCACGAUUUUUAAGGUUUAAAAAAGUGAUAAAAUUUAAA